CAUCACGGAUCCCAUCCAAACCUAUGCGAUUUCAGUCGCAUCUGGCCAGCCAGCCUUAUUGGAUCCAGCAGUCCGCGCCUUUGCCUCAUAGAAUCUGAGAGUCCAAUACCGUAUUUUGGAGAACAUCAUUCCGUACGCAACAAAAUUCGCAGCUACACGAAAAGAUGGAAGUCCAAGUAGGCUGGCAGAAAUUGCUCAAAAUGGGGGCCAAGCUCGUUGGGCACAAAUACCAGCAGUACCGGCUAGCCACCAACAACACCGUCGUGCUGGACACGGAAAAUGGCCAGGUGAUGGGGCUGCAACGCAAGACCCUCUACGACGAGGAGCUGUACUAUGCAUUCGAGGGUAUACCGUAUUCAAAGGCACCCAUUGGAGAGCUGCGUUUCCGUGCCCCCGAGCCGGCAGAGCCCUGGAAGGGUGUGCUCAACUGCACCACCUAUCGAUCGAAGCCCAUGCAAAGGAAUAUGGUGAUGGGGAUAAUCGAGGGUUCCGAGGACUGCCUGCAUUUGAAUGUGUAUGCAAAGACGCUGCAGUCGGAGCGGCCACUGCCCGUCAUCGUGUGGAUCUAUGGCGGUGGUUUUCAGAAGGGCGAGGCCUCCAGGGACAUCUACAGCCCUGACUAUUUCAUGAAGCAGCCAGUGGUCUUUGUUUCCAUCAACUACAGGCUUGGAGCUCUGGGUUUCCUUAGCCUUAAGGACCCCAAACUGAAUGUGCCCGGCAAUGCAGGGCUUAAGGAUCAGGUGAUGGCCCUGCGCUGGAUCAGCGACAACAUUGCUCACUUCAAUGGCGACCCCGACAACAUCACACUAAUGGGCGAGAGUGCUGGGGCCGCCUCCACGCACAUCAUGAUGACCACCGAACAGACGCGUGGCCUCUUCCACAAGGCCAUUCUCCAGUCGGGCUGUGCUCUGAGCGAAUGGGUGGAGAGCCCCGACCACCAGUGGGCGUAUCGGUUGGCCCAGCAGAUGGGCUACAAGGGCGGCGAAAAGGAUGCGGAUGUCCUGAAAUAUCUGACCAAAAUAUCGGCCCGCCAGAUAGCAAACACGGACCAGGACAUCAUCACCAGGGAGGAGAUACGCAGCUUCUUGUUGUUCGCCUUUGGGCCAGUCGUGGAGCCGUACGAGACGUCACAUUGUGUGGUGCCGGUGAGGCACAAGGACAUGCUGCCCCAUGCCUGGGGCAAUAACAUUCCCGUGAUUGUGGGAGGCAACUCGUUCGAGGGCCUCUUCUCGUAUCAGCUCCUGCGCGGCGAUCCCUGGGCACAGAGCCACUUCCACAACAUCAUUCCACGCGAGGUGAGCGAGGCGGCCACCGAAGAGCAGCGCGACGAGCUGGUGCGACGCCUCAAGAAGGUCUACUUCGACGACGAGAAGCGCGAUAAAAUGGGGUUCUUUGAGGCCUUGAACAUAUUCUCGCAUCGCCAGAUCUGGCACGACCUGCAUCGCGUGGUCAUGUCCCGCCUUGCCUACGCCCCCACACAGCCCACCUACCUCUAUCGCUUUGACUUUGAUUCGCCGCACUUCAACCAGUUCCGUCGCUUGGUCUGCGGCGAUCGCAUCCGUGGUGUGUGCCAUGCCGAUGAGCUCUCCUACAUGUUCUACAACAUCAUAUCGCCAAAGAUCAGCAAAUCCUCGCAGGAAUACCAUACAAUUGAACGUAUGGUGGGCAUGUGGACGGCAUUUGCAGCCACCGGAGAUCCCAAUUGCCCGGCCAUUGCCCCGGCCGAAUGGCUGCCCGUUGAGCGGACCGAAAACGGUGUAGAGCAUUGCUUGAACAUCAGCCAAAAGUUGGAGAUGAUCGAGCUUCCCGAGGCGGAAACACUGGCCGUGUGGGACAGUUUCUAUCCCAAAAAGGCGCUCUAUUAGGCUUCAUAAAUUUAGUGUGUGUAUAAGGUUUUCCUGUAGUCCCAAAGAUUGUUA